GAGAGAUUUUUUUUUUGUUUAAAUCACGUUAAGCGAGAGAUACUAUUUAAAAGGAGGUGCGUAGGUUAUGUUGGUUUACAAUACCCGAUCAGCUUAGAACAGUCCAUCAUAUCUAGGGACCUGUGAUGUAAUUAUCAAUAUACUCGAGUCGAUUUUGGUGAUUUAGGAUUCGGUGUGAAGAAGGUUUCCGGUGGUUGAUAGCCGUGUUCCUAUCCUCGACCGUCGGAUACAAAAACGCGAACCUAGCUUUACCCUUUUCGUUCAUCCUUCCCUAACAAUUUCUCCCCUUUCGAGCUAGAUUUCUGUUCGAUCAGACUUUUAUAUUAUCAAAUCAUCUCUUCCUUCGAUCAAUUCUCCUUCUUCCCUAUCGAUUGAUUCCUUUUUUGUCUCCCGCCGUUGGUAAAUCUGAUUCUAGGGUUAGGGUUCCGAAAAACCGGGUCUGUACCCUCAAUCCGUCGAACUUUUAUGUCGAUAAUAUUAUCGCUCGGUUUUAUUUGUGUUUUUCUCUUUCGAUCUGUUCUAAUUUUGUAGAUUAUUUUGAUUUUUGAGUUUCUAGGGUUUCGAUUUUCCAAAUUCCAUUUUUUUGUCCUCCGAUCUGUAAUUGUUAUUGGGGAAAUAGGUUUAUUCCUUGGUCAGUAACCGUCUUACGCUUGGAUCGCUCUAAAUUUUGCGGAUUUCAUCGGAAAUUUGAGAUUCUAGGGUUAGGGUUUCGGAAAAAAAUUCUGCUUUUCUUUUUUACAGAAUCGGCUUGGGGGAACGUAGGCUUCCAUCGUGAAAUCGAAAUCUUCUCCCUUGAUUACCUUUAAUCUGGUCUAUUUCACCUUACAAUAUAGGGAUCUAGGGUUUUGGUUUUGUUUCUACGAUCUCCAUUUCUUUACGCGUCCGCUCUCAAAUAUUUUUUAUCGGAAGACCCUUCGGAGGUUGAAGGCAUCCUAGUACAAGUGACUGGUGCACAACUACCUUAAAGCUUUGACCAAGUAUAGCUAAAGCUUUCUUUGCUGUAUGGUUGCAGUCAAGCAUGGUGUACAAACGACCUUUAGUUGAUGAAGAGUCAUAUGAGCUUGCUUGUAAGCACUCAAGGCAGCUGGAAUAUAGUAAUCAAUUGGCUUCAUUUGUAGAUAUUGUUCCUUAUAAUGAUAUGCUUCAGAAACCUCAAAGUUCAGUUGGUGAAGGAGACUUGAGUAAAUCUGAAUGCAAGGAAAGGCUAAAUGUCACCAUUACUGAACUCUCAGCUGGGGCCAAUGAAGAUUUUGAGACAACUGUUCCUGUUAGUGCUUCCAGCUUGUCAUGGGUCACCAGCAGUACUAGUGAAGAAGACUCCAGGUCUGAGGCAGUGGUUAGGGUAUCAUUUUCCCCCGACUUCUCUGAACCUGAUUUUCAAGCAAGGGUAUUACUUCAUUCUGAGGAGGUCUAUUCAUCAUUUUUGGAUUAUCCUCCUCGAAGACUUGUUUCAGUUGGACCUGACCAUCAGGCAGAUAUUCCAGCAUGGGGACUGCAGGAUAACUACUGUUUGGGUGAACCUACUGUUGAGGAUGAUAGUGAUGAGAAACUAAUGGGAAAUUGUGUAAUUUCGAUGCCUGAUUUUGAACAGUCUGUUUGCAGCAGCAACGAUUUUGGAUAUGGUAGAAUUGAUUGUAGCUGUCCAGAUAGGGGUUCCAUCAGAUGUGUCAGACAGCAUGUCAUGGAAGCAAGAGAGAAGCUGAGGGAAACCCUUGGACAAGAGAAAUUUGUGGAGUUGGGGUUCUGUGAUAUGGGAGAGGAGGUGGCAAGCAAGUGGACUGAAGAAGAUGAACAACUCUUUCGAGAGGUGGUUUUCUCUAACCCGGCAUCAUUGGGCAAGAAUUUCUGGGACAAUCUCUCAAUGGUCUUUCCUUACCGAACAAAGAAGGAGAUUAUCAGUUAUUACUUCAAUGUCUUCAUGCUCCGGAGGCGAGCUGAGCAGAACAGAGUUGAUCCAAUGAACAUUGACAGUGACAAUGAUGAGUGGCAGGGAAGCUAUUAUGAUGGUGAUGAGGAGUUAGGGAUAACAGAGGAGGAUGAGGAUUCUGUGGUGGAGUCUCCUGUUGGUCAAGAUGUUCUUGGUUAUGACCAAGAGAUCCAUGAUGAGGAUUUCCACGAGGACGAGGAUGAUGGGGAUGAAGAUGAAAUUUCUGAACAUAAUGAUGACAGUGAUUUGGAGGCUGAUAGGAAUUGUAUUGGUGAAGGGAAUGAAGUUUCAGAGGCAUGUAUGGGGAAAUCACUUGAUUGUGGUUUUGCUAUUGCAGCUAAACUUGUGGAAAAGAAUCCACAGGAUGGUGGGGAGGAUCAUGAUGUUCAAGAUGAGUCGUGCACUUCCUACGAGUGUCAGACUAACAGUUCAAGUGGGCUGGUUGAUGCAGGAUCUGUGUUGCAAGAGAACAAGGUUGAGAUUGGCACUAGCUCUGGCGGAAUAGGUGGUGGUGUUGAAAAUGGGUAUGUUAUGGAGCCUUGUGAUGCUAGAGUUUGGGAUGUUGGCUAUUUUACUGGUCCAAAGAAAGAUGUUGAAUUCUUGUCGACAUGUAAUAUGAUUGAAGAGGUGUUUGGGGAGGAAGCUUGGAUUAACAAGGGGAAAGAUGACAAGGGUAUUAGUUGAUCUUACUGAUUGAGAUUUCCCCCUUGUUAUUUUAUCUUUAUCUUCUUUAUCUUGCCUUCUAGGCGGCCUUUGCCAUACAACACAAGAAUCUGUUUUGGGAAUUCUUUCUUUUAGAGCAUUCGGGAGUUCAAUUUUCCCUUGUACAUUCGUAUGGGGGAAGAGGAAGCACUGCCUUCGUUGUAAAAUAUGGUUUUAGAAGGUGGGUUGGAUUUCGCAAAUGAGUUAAGGGGUGCUCUCAUGGAAUCUAUGUCAUAUUUGUGAAUUGCAGGAAUCCCUUCCUACUUCCAGGGGCUGGACCCACACUCUGUUUUACUUUGUAGGGAUCUCUCUCGUUUGAGAGGGAUAUAUUGAUUGAUAUUACUACUGAUGGAGGGGCGUGGGAUUAUAUUAAUUCGACCUUGUCUCUGAUUGUUAAACUCUAUAAUACAAAGAAAUUUUCUAUUCUUUUA